CAAUUUUUUAGGUGAUUCUGGUGCUACUAGCCAUGAUUUUGUUGAUACUUCUGAGCUCUUUGAUCAUGGGAGCAAGUACAGGAAAAACUGGAAUAACUUGCGCCAAUGUUAGAUGUGGAAGCCCUGGAGGCUGUGGAAUGGUUGCUAGUUGCCCGGACUGUGAGCCAGGACCAGAGUGCUUGGAAAAGAAUGAUUGCAAUACCAAAAGCUGUGCUCCAACAGAGGAAUGUGUAUUGGUCCAAGUAACCUGUAUUAUGGCGCCAUGCUACCCAAUCGCUGAAUGUCGUCCGAAAAAAACACAAAUCCGCAAGCGUCGUCAAGUGGGAACAAGUUGUAAAGAUGUUCGAUGUGACACGCCAGCCGGAUGUGCGAUGGUUAGGCCAAGUGGAUGUAUGGAUUCGCCUACAAUGACCGGAUGCGAGCUUAAACCGACUUGUAUUCAUGUAAAUGCUUGUACAACCACAAAAUGUUCACCCGGCAAGAAGUGUGCUCUUCACACUGUUCAAUGCUUUACCACACCCUGUGACCCAGUAGCAAAAUGCGAGACUCCACUUAACUUUUUAUCGGAGCCAUUCAAUCCAGGAUGCGGUCCGAAUGAGCAUUUUGUUGGGUGCAAAAAUAUUUGCUCUGACACCAAGUGCAAUGAAAAACGGAAAAUGUGCCCAGCGGUGUGCACUUUUCCCGGAUGCGUCUGUCUGAAUGGAUUUUUCCGCGAUAAACAUGACAAAUGUGUUACCCAGGAAGAGUGUGAUGAGCAGAAGAGGAAAAGUAUUAAAUCGUAACUAGAAAGAACUUUUUUAUUUCCAAAUAUUUUGCUGAAACUAUAAUAAACUGCCCAAUUUUUUCUAAA